CUCUGCAAAAUUACAAAAAUAAAAAAUAAAAAAUAAAAAAUAAAAAUUCCCUUUUUAUUAUUAAACCAGACAACCCCAGCGACGUUGCUUUCCCUAUACUUCAAAUGGCUGUGAAGUAAUCUCUUUUGCAGAGCAACAAACUCUCCCUCAGAAACAUUGAACUCUUUUUUCUAAGCUUGACCGCCAUCGAAGAAACAAACCAAAGUUUCUCUCAAAAUUCAGGCUGUCAGACUCAAAAUUGGGUUGAAUUUAGUCAGAGACCACUUUUUAAUUUCACGAAAUUUAACUGGGUGUUUUUCAGAAUUUCGAAAUUGGCUAGUUUUCUUUUCUUUUUCUCCAUGGAGCCAGAAGCAGGGACGACGGAAACCAGAUCUAAUGGAACGACGUCGGAUGGGGACGAAGCAGUGGCGCUCGAAUCGCUCCAAUUUACAGACGAAAUCCACCGUUUGAUCUCGGCUCCAUCAACCGAUAAUGCGAGUUCCUUUACGGCUCUGCUUGAGCUCCCGGCCCCACAAGCCGUUGAGCUUCUUCACUCUCCUGAGUCGGCUACGCUUAUCGCGGCUCCGGCGCCCAACGUUGAAGAUAUCAAAGACAGCUUCCAUUUUCCUUCUAAUACUGGUUUGAUUGAACGAGCUGCGAGGUUCUCUGUGUUUGCUGGAGACAGUAUCAACAACAAUAACAAGACCGGCUCGCCUGAAACGACGUCGAACAAUUCAAGCGCGAAUCCCCAGAAGGAGGUGAAGAGUGAGCCGGCGGAGACCGAGUCAUCUCAGCCGUUAGUUUCUGAUCCAACGGUGGAGAAGCGGAGUAUGAAGAGAAAGGACCGAGAAAAGAAGGUUAAAGGGUCAACGAAGAAAAGCAAAACUGCGGCAAACGAGAGCUCAGAGGACGCCGAGAAGCUGCCUUACGUUCACGUUAGAGCUCGCCGGGGACAAGCAACGGAUAGCCAUAGCUUAGCAGAGAGAGCGAGGAGAGAGAAGAUUAAUGCACGAAUGAAGCUACUACAGGAGUUGGUACCUGGAUGCAAUAAGAUUUCUGGUACAGCAUUGGUGUUGGAUGAAAUCAUCAACCAUGUGCAGUCCCUACAACGCCAAGUAGAGUUCUUAUCAAUGAGACUUGCAGCUGUGAACCCAAGAAUUGAUUUCAACCUUGAUAGUAUAUUCACAGCAGAAAGUGGAUCUCUAAUGGACGGUAACUUCCCUAGCAUGGUUAUGCCUCUGAUGUGGCCUGAGGUUCAAGUCAACGGAAACAGACAACAGUAUCAACAGCAAUGGCAUUUUGAUGCAAUUCAGCAACCCAUUUGGGGGAGAGAAGAAAUGUGCAAUAAUUAUAUUACUCCUGAGAACUCGCUUUUAAGUUAUGACUCCUCGACAAAUUCAGCAACAUUGCACUCGAAUCAAGUGAAAAUGGAGCUAUGAAGCUAUGAAGGCCGAAGAAGUUCCAAUGGUUUGAUUUAUGCAAAAAUUGUUCUAGUGGUAGCUAGUAUUGUAUAUACCAAAUAUUAGAAAUCAGCAAGAAUUAGAGUGAGGCCUCACCAUUUAUCUUUGGGUUUCCAUGCGAGUCAGUUGGAAACCUUUGAUUUCUCAGGACCGGAGACAAGAAAUGUCAGUAUGCUGUUAUUAAAUAUCUCUUACUAUAUAUACUAACUCAAGAGUCAUUCAAUCUAAUACUUCGUUUGUAAGGUUGAUCGACUCAUAUUGUAAAAUCAUAGAACGGACUAUGAUUGAACUAUUAAGAAUUCGGCUUCUUUUUUUCAUUAAA